CCACCUUAUGUGAAUUCGUGGUGCCGCCGUCUUUCCAAUCCUAACCGCCGUCGUAAUUUCGAUCGCCUUCGCACUCCGUUCCUCACAUUGUUUUGAACACGGAUUUUAUGCAUUUUGAAAAUAAAAAGCUAUAAAUUAAAAAAAUACAAAAAAUGAAUACUAAAAACAAUCAAGUACUUUACGCUGAAGAUGAAUUUGGGAAAAAAUUGGAUAGGUGCAUCACCGAUUCUAUUGUAAAAAGUUCUGGUGGACUUGUACUUGGAUCUGUUAUUUCUCUCUUAUUUUUUAAGCGGAAGGCUUGGCCAAUAAUAUUGGGUACUGGUUUUGGUACUGGAGUCGCAUACAGGACUUGUGAAAAGGAUUUAAAUAUGUAGAUAAAAUAUAUCUAAUUCAAUUUUCAAUAUUCAAAAAAAAAAAAAAAAUUAAGGUCCACAUGUAACCAACCUUAAGUCUUUUUGAAAAUGAAUCGAAUAAUUUGUAUAUUAAAUCUAGCAGCAGUGGAAUAUAAUUGUAAAAUGUACUAAUGUUCAACUGUAAUAAAUAUCUAUUACAAAAAUUGGCAAACAA